AUGACCACUUUAUUUUCCGAGUCACUUUCAAAGAAUGCAGCCCAUGAGUCGGUCUCAUCCAUCAGUGGAACAGACUCUUUGACGGAUGACACCGCGGCUUUGGGACAGCCAGGCGACGAGCGUCGCUUUUGGUUUCAGCGAGCAAAGGGCUUCGACCCUCAAGCAAUCGCAACCCAGCCAUCUGUCUUUGACAACCCCGACAUUGCCAAAGAGUACCAGCCCAGAGCCGACUGGGAGAAUCUCCAUCGAUUCGACCCCUCCGCAAGAUGGACAUGGGCCGAGGAAUACAAGCUGAUACGGAAGAUCGAUUUGCGGAUUAUGGUUUUUGCCUGCAUAAUGUUCAUGGCGCUGGAGCUGGAUCGUGGGAACCUCUCGCAAGCUCUGACCGAUAAUUUCCUGCCGGAUUUGGGGAUGAACACAAAUGACUACAAUCUUGGAAACACCGUUUUCCGACUCUCGUUCCUUUGUGCCGAGCUGCCUUCUCAGCUUGUCAGUAAGUGGGCCGGGCCGGACCAAUGGAUCCCCACGCAGAUGGUUCUAUGGUCGGCGGUAGCUAUGGGCCAGUAUGGACUCAAGGGAAAGACAUCAUUCUUGGUGUGCCGAGUUCUUCUUGGAAUCCUGCAAGGCGGGUUCAUUCCAGAUGUGAUUCUCUACCUGUCGUAUUUUUAUAAAGCUCACGAAUUGUCCAUUAGACUGGGCUUCUUCUGGACUGCUAUGAAUGUGGCCGAUAUUAUUGCCAGCUUCCUGGCAUUCGGCCUGUUGCACCUUCGCGGGAUUGAAGGUCAGGCCGGUUGGCGCUGGCUCUUCCUGAUUGAGGGUAUAAUUACACUUCUUUUCGGUCUGGCUGCAUAUGUCUUGAUGCCUCCCGGGCCCUGUCAAACAGCAAAUUGGUCGCGUGGCAAGUCCGGUUGGUUCACUCCACGCGAAGAAACGAUCAUCGUGAACCGAGUCAUCCGAGAUGAUCCCAGUAAAGGAACCAUGCACAAUCGCGAGCCCAUUACACCCAGACUGCUCUGGAAAAGUCUCUGUGACUUCGAUCUAUGGCCUCUUUACAUUAUUGGCCUUACGUUCGAGACACCCAUGACAACGCCAAAGCAAUACCUGACCCUCACCCUGAAAAGCAUGGGCUUCGGCACUUUCGUCACGAAUCUGCUAACAAUUCCGAGUACGGCGAUUUCAAUCAUCACGAUGCUCAGUCUUACCUACCUGUCAGAAGUUCUUGGGGAACUGAGUCUCGUAUCUCUGUUUGGGCAGAUCUGGACACUUCCCUUCGUGGUAUAUUUGUACAUGGUGGAUAUCAACACUGCGAACAGAUGGGCCGUCUGGGUCGUUAUGACAUUACUACUCGGUUUCCCAAAUGCACACGCAAUUCAAGUCGGCUGGAACUCUCGAAACUCCAAUACCGUCCGGUCUCGGACUGUCUCGGCCGCCAUGUAUAAUAUGGCCGUGCAGGCUUCGUCGAUUAUUGCCUCAAACAUCUACCGGGCUGAUGAUGCCCCCCUCUACAAGCGAGGUAAUCGUGUGCUGGUUGGCUUGGUAGUUGCGAACAUAUUCAUCUACCUCUUGGUCAAGGCUUACUACGUAUGGCGCAACUCGAGCCGCGAUAAGAAGUGGAAUGCUAUGACCGAUGAGCAAAAGGCGCAUUACUUGGCGACUACGAAAGAUGAGGGCAGUGGUCGGCUGGAUUUCCGUUUCGCUCAUUAA